UCAUCGAUUAUUGUGCAUUAAGCAUAACUAACUUGACGUAGUUGAUGUUUGAUUAUUUCCUGGAAUGGAACAUGAUUUAAUACUUCUGAAAAACUUUAAAUGUUUUGAAGUUAUUUUUGUGUUGACACUACGAAUGAAUCAGUAAAAGGAAACAUUGAGAGGAGUUAAGUGGACGUGGGAGUUUGUAAAUUUCAACCAUGAAUUGUUAUGUUUUUAUUGUGUGCUGUGUUGUUUUAUUAUUGAAUUCAGCUGGAGCAAGUGAAUUCAAAAGCAAGAGUGCACAAGCAACGGGUCAAGAUGUAUUGGAUAGAUUAAUAUUCCGAGACGACGAUAACGAGCAAAAUAACUACAAUGGCUCUUCUGAUUCAGUGCAACGUGGUGGAGUGGAAUUAGCUACCCAGAAAACUCCAGCAUCGGCAGGAAAAACAACAACAGAAAAGGACGGAAGAGAUAAUUUUAAGGGGGAAUGUGCUACAGGCUUUAAAAGAACAGCUGACGGGAGAUGUAGACCUAUAUUCUAAAACCAAAAUUAGUUAGAAGCGAGUUUUGUUGUUUGUUCCGGUGCUUUUUAAAAUAAUGUUUUAAUUCAAGUAAAUUUUAUAGUUUACACAAAGGUAUUAGAAUAGUUGUAGCAUCCAUUAUAUUGAAUACAAAAAGUAAAGAUUUGCAGUACUAAAUUGUGGUUAGUAAUUUGGAUAUAUAAUAUUACAAUUUAUCAUCAAGAAUAGAGCACAUGUUUUAUUAAUAAUAACUCUUUGAAAUUUCAUAUUUCAAUUUAAAAUUUUAGCUUUUAAUA